AUGUCUUCCCACAAGACUUUCAGGAUCAAGCGAUUCCUGGACAAGAAACAAAAGCAGAAUCAUCCUGUUCCCCACUGGAUUUGGAUGAAAACUGGUAAUAAAAUCAGGUACAACUCUGAGAGGAAGCAUUGGAGAAGGACCAGGCUGGGUCAAUAAGGGAUCGCACACAAGAUGGCACACAAGUUUAUGCUGCAUGAAGGUCACGUGUUCCUAUCCUAUUACUCUGU